GGGGUAAACGGGAGAUGGUCGGCUCGGAUUAGAAACCUGGUGGAAGAAAGUGGACUUCUAGUCCUUGCUGGUUUGAUGGGUCGGCAGCACGGUCGGGGGCUAGUGAGUUGUCGGGAGAGUGGAGCGAAAAGACAUUUGUGUUUUUUUUUUUUUCUUCCUCGAGCGCUCGCUCCUCUGCUGCCGGUCGGUGGCGCGACAAGGACGGAGAACGGAGUCGACUCGGGGGCUAAAGGAACCGGUGGUCGACCUCGAAACGGGGGCGGGAACAAUUGUGUCGAAUCUACGAAUCGAUGUCCAGGAAGUGGGCAAGCGGGUGGAGGACCAUAGAGAGCCGUGGGAGGGCCAAAGCAGCCGAUUGAUUGGUUCAACAGCGGAAGCUUGGUCGGUGGUCAAUCUGGGGGAGCGACUUCCUAGGCCAAGCACCACAAGGGAGACCCGGGCCUGACCACGACGGCUCCUUGUCGACGGAACUCCUCUGGACUAACUCCGCCAAGUCAUCAAACCCCCUUGUGGAUAGGUAUGUAUGUACCUAGCUAGGCUAGGUAUGGAGAGGCUACCAGGCUAUCUCGGGCAAGAGACCACAAAGUCGUGGGAACGUGUACAAGCAGAUGUACCCACGAAGGAUUGUUGACUUGGUCGACCAACCUAAGAGAGUCUUGGACAACGAUGACGUUGACAAGGCCAAUGGACAUGAAGGUUAUAUGGGGAGAGGGUUCGCAUGUAAUCCAGGGGCUGCUGUUCCUCCGGGAUUCGAUGGAUGCUGAACGGAGGCAAUAGACUCCAAAUGGAAGCAC